AUGGUAGUUGACGACCUAAUUGGGAUAACGGUAUCUGCUCUUCAGAAUGAAGCAUUAUUAUUAGAAGGUGUCCACGAUGAACUUAAAGAACUCAGAAGUGAACUAGAAAGCAUUAGAACUUUUCUAGUGGAUGCUGAGAGAAAACAGUUGAAGUUGGAAGGAGAGAAGACGUGGGUGGCAAGUGUGAGGGACCUAGCAUACCAAGUUGAAGACAUCAUUGAUGAGUUCAUGUAUAACAUGCAUCAGCAACACACCGGGGGCUGUUUCUCUCAAUUCCUUCAUCAAAUGAUGAGCACUCCGAAAAACCUUUGGGUGAUGCGUAGGAUUGGAUCUAAAUUGCAGAAAAUCAAUGAAACCAUCAAAGCCAUGCCUCAGAGGAGACAGAGAUAUGAUAUUAAUUAUAUAAAGGGUGCGGUUCAGAUGAUGAUCACAAAUGGACUUUAUACCACAGGGAUUCAUCUUUAUUCAUCAAAGAAGAUAUUGUAG